UUUUUUUUUAUGAUUUCACUUUUAGUUAACAAAAAUAUCCCAGAAAUGAACAAUAAAACAAAAUAUUAUUUAAUGGCUGAACAUUUUUUAGUAAAUUCACCUGCAACUGGCAGUUAACGAAAAUGUUAACUAAUAUACUAUUAUAGUUCUUAAUUUAUACUUUGAAUUCAUUUAAAUUUUCCAUUUUCAUUUUAAUUACAGUUUCAGCUUUUGUUUCUCAUUUUUAUUAGUUUUUAUCCGUUUUAGUAUUUUCUUUUUUUGCUUUAAUUGUCUAUAACUUUUAUUGGUUAUUUUAAUUUUAGAUAAUUUAGUACUUAAUUAAACUAAAUUAAUAUUAGAUGCUGUCUUGGCAACCAACUAAAAUAAAAUAAGUUUCAAUUGUUUUGUUUGUUUUUUGUUCAUUACAUUUGUUUAUUUAUUUAUUUUUAUUUAAUGUUUCUUUAUGCUUUCAGUUUUGGUCAACAAUAAUAACCCUGAAAAGCAAAAUACAGUUUAACAUCCUGCCAUUUUUGUGUGGCAAAGAAAAGUUAAUUUUGGACCUUAAUGCCAGUGAGAGAGUAAAAGCAGGAACUAAAUGUGUACAGUAGGUGCUCUUUGAUUUGUGUCACUAUCACUUGCUUUAGUAUGGCAGCAGUAGUUGACAUGAAACCAACACCAGUCAUUGUAAUGCUGUAUAUUCUGAGCUCUUUAUGCUUUUCGUAAUAGAUCAAAUCAUCUAAAGGACUUGCAGAAAACAACCACUGUAGCAAAAAACAAAAAAAAAAAUCAGCUUUAGGAAUUCCAACAAUGUGCAGCAACUUUAUCAGUGACUAUUUAAUGAAUCUAAGGUAUUUUAUACAGUCGUAACUUUUAUAAACUGUAUUUAAAAAGUCUAUAUUAAAAUAAACAUAAUGAUCAAACAGUUUUAGGUGUAGUUAAAGCAUCAAAUCAUGCAGCAUAUGUAUGCAGUAAACUACAAUACGUGUAGAUAGUAAAUUUGUUUGCAAAAAUCAGUGCCAAUGUCAGAACCACCUGCAUUUUUUCAUGCUGUAUUGUUUUUAUGUACUUUUUCUAUAGUUUGUGUGUUUAAAGUACAAUAAGAAGUGUAUAUAUAUUUUUUUGUUCUAUUUAGGUUUUGUUGUUGUUGUUUUUUAUAAUAAAGAAAAUGUAAAUAUAUAUCGUAUAUUACUGGAUUUAAAAUGGUCAUAACAUAAAGUAAGAGUUAUUUCAUGGACUUUUUCCAUUAGACAUUAUUGUCUGUAUUUGUUAACGUCUAUUAACUGUUGGUUAAAUGUUUUCAUAUCAGCUCCAAAUGCUUGCGUGCUUUAUAAAGUCAAUGUGUUAAUGAAGAUCAUGCUCAGCAGGGCCACCGACAGCAGUUUCUCCAGAAUGUACCACGACAUAGACAGUUAUAUCCUCUUGUUAUGACCAUUUAAGUCCUAUACGACAUGGCAGUUUCUAAAUUAUUAUGGGAUUUUAAGCAAUCAUAGAAGACUGUAUUCAAGUAACAUUUUAGAUAUUAUCUGAAAUGAUUAUGCUGUAAGUUUUCUUUUUUUCUGUUGUAGUGCAAUAAGUGUUGUCAGAUUGCAUUCUAUAGUUUUGAAACUAUACUUUAGAUUUAAGAAAACAUUUUUGCUACUAUGUUUUUUUUAAAUAGAAUCAAUCAUUGCAUACUAUAUGAGCCUAGAUGUAGCUAUCUUAAGAUAUACUGUUUCUGUAUUUGUCAGGAAUUGUUUAGCAUGUUUUAUUAGGAUUAUGAUAAAUAUUGUUUAUUUUGUACAUAAGCUCUCAGGGUUGUUGCUGCUGUACAGUAGGUGUUUAGUGAAUAAUUUCCCAAAAUGUGACCAGUUAUUGCUUUCAUAUGACCAUGUUAAAGAAUCGUCUUCAGCACCUGUGUGUCUCACUUUCACUUUAUGCACGCUUUGCACCUGAAUCGCUCAAAAUGGAUGAACUUUGACAUUUGAUUUACCUUGUAAAGUCUUUGUUUUAUGGUUUUUAAUGCUGGAAACUGUUUGUGUUCCUGGUAGCAUGGUUGGAAAAUGCGCAGAGAUUCAACCAGCAGAAUAAAUCUGAACUGGGUCAUUUUAACCACAGAUGCGAUUUGUUAUGGAAAAUGUCAGAAGACGCAGAAUUAGGAUUCACAGAACAUUUAUUUAAAGUUUUGGUGAUUGGAGACCAUAAAGUUGGGAAAACCAGCUUUGUUAAACGAUAUGUGAAAAAUAAAUACUACGAGGAGUUGAAAACGACUAUAGGUGUGGAUUUUUCCAUGAAGGUGAUAGAUUGGGAUGGUCACAUGCGGGUCAGAUUACAGCUUUGGGAUAUAGCAGGUCAAGAGCGUGUAAGGGGACUGAACCGCGUGUGCUUUAAGGGAUCCAGUGGUGCACUUGUUGUGUAUGACGUGACAAACGGGUCAACAUUGGAUGGAGCUCUUAUCUGGAAACAUGAACUUGAUGGUCAAGUAAUGCUGAGAAACGGCCUUCCAGUCCCUGUUGUACUUCUGGCCAAUAAAUGUGAUGAGACUAAAGUGUGUCGGAGGAAUGCCUCUCUUCUGGAGAAUCUCUGCCAGGGGAAGGGCUUCAUUGAAUGGUUUCAGACAUCAGCAAAGGAGAAUAUCAAUUUGGAUGAAGCUGCUAAAUUCCUCGUGAAGCACAUUCUCCAAAACAAUGAGGAAUCAGUGAAAGAAGAAGAGCAGAACAUGCAAAUCAACCUGAAGCAGCAGGCAAAGAGCAAAUCAACCUGCUGCUGAUUCACAUCCUAGUCUGAGAAGCUUGCUUAUUGAGGAUAAAAUCAAGAGAUAACGGUGCAGUUUAUCAUUCUUUCUGUAUAGCAUAUCAUUUUGCAAUUUGUAUUUUUUUUUAUUGUCAAUGAUUAAUACUCAUCUAAGCGUUUUGGGGGCCACAAACAAGUACCAUGUUGAAUGAGUUUCAUGCUGAGUAUCUAAUAAAUACCUCUCAUUUCCCCUGCUAAUCUGCUACAUGCACAGGGGUUAUUAAAUACAUCAGCAUGGAAGGAGACGAACCGAGAUCCGCUGUCUACAACAUGUCAGGAGUGUCGAGAAAUACUGUCAAGAUGCCAAAUUCAUUACAGUAUGUCUCUCUCUGCAGAAAGCAUGUUUGCACAGAGACAUGGCCUAUAUUUUCAUACAUAGCCGUCAAAAGUUUGUUUUCUUUGAAAAAACUUCAAUAGGAGAGAAUGUGUUUGAAAUCAAAAAUAAAUCUAAUGAAGUUAGACUGAUGAAAAAUAAAUGUAGCUUCAGGAUAAUACUCCAUAUUCCACCAGGGUUUCUGUGUUACAAAAUAAACUUCUCAUGAAGCAUAAAUGAGUAACGCUGUGCCUCAGAUCGCAAGCUAAUAUAGCUCUCCUUACAUUAUUUGACAAAAAGUGGCAGAAUUUCCGUUUCAUUGCAUGACUUCUGCAAACUUUAGUAACCGAGAAGUCCAAAACAAAACAAAAGCUGCUCUAUUUUAACAAGUUUAUAAAAUAUAGAAGAGAAAUAUGCCUCA